AAGAGAAUGGGUGUUUGCGAAGUCAAUUUUUAUUUGCAUUUUCGGACUAAAUUUAUGUGACUUUUUAUUACAUUUUGAUAGAAAUAGAAGAUAGAUUAAUCUGCUAGCUAUAAAUAUAAACAAGUAAAUCCUAUAAACAUUAUCAUAUGUAAUGACAUCCGAAAUUUUUUGAACAGUAAAGAUGGGCUCUCGAAGGGAUGGCAGUAAAUCGGGCAAACCUGCCUCACCAAAGCAGGCAUCUGGUAGUAAGUUCUCAUCAUCGUUGUCAAGUGGUUUUAGUUUUAAAGCAUUAGAAGAAGUGGAAGAAGACAGCAAUGAAGACUUGACUCUUUUUACUGGUAAAUUUGACAAAGUUGUGGCUCAGGCCCAUAAGCAAAAGAGUGCCAGCAGUGAAGCUUCUAGUUCUAGUGCUGUUUCCACUCCCACGUCAGAAGGCCCACUAUCGAAACUUCAAUCUUCCAAAUCCUUGGACGAAGACAGGUCAUCUCCCUCUAAAAAAAAUAAAACCUCGGUGUUCGAAUAUAAAGGAAGUAUCACUGGUUUGAUAAAAGACAAAAUUACAGACACAAAAGACAAAAUAACAGAGUCUAUCAGUAAAAGAUUAGAAGAGUUUUCAAAUGAUUCAAGUCCGACAUCAGAAACUGGUAAAAGUUUGGCAGAAGUCACCAAUCACCCUUUAAUUCCUGAUAAGGUAGAUAAAUUUGAUGAAGAUGAAGCAGAAGAGGAUGACAUUGUUAAAGUACACUCUGCUCCUGCUUCAUUAUCUGAUUUAGCAUUGACUAAUGAAGAUGACGGUAUUGAAGUUAUUGAAAGUUAUUUUGGUGAUGAACCGAUGGAGGAUUUUACUGGAGAUUCAGGGAUCUCAUUUCGUGGCACGGCCGUACGUAAUAAAUCUAAAAAUUUGAAAAAAUUAGUUAAGAAGUCGUCUGCUACUGUUUCAAUGUCUGACUUAGUAACCACACCGGAUAUGGAUAUGAAUACAGAAAGUGAUCUUAUGAAACCAAAGCAUUCUAAAGAAGAAUCAGGGGUUGCUAAUUCAGAUGGAAAUAUAAAAAGUGGUUCUCAUAAAAGACUAACCCGACAAAAGAGUUCAGAUUUUGGUGUGCCAUGGCAAAAAAUUGCCACCUUUGCCGUUCUUUUGUUUGCAUUCCUAAUAAUUCCAUUGCCAUCAUAUAUAUCCGGAUUUAUAAUAGGUAUUAUGUUAGCUUCAGCAGGCUGGGCUAUAUAUAUUUGGAUAAUAGAACCACCGAUUCCCAAGCCAGUAAUAGAAAUACCACCUCUGGAUAAGUUACCAAAGAUGGAAAUUCCUCAAAUGAAGGAACCUUCGAAAGAAAAGGGAAUUUAUAAGGGAUGGAUGAAUGAAUUAAUGGAAUAUAAUCCUGAUGAUUACCAUAUCAACCAAACUCAUUCAAUCUAUGUUAAGUUAGAGGGAACUCAUUUACGACUACAGAGACCAAAAGUCAAUAUGCCAAAACGUGCCAUGUGGGACGAAUCUUUUCCUGCGCCCCAGUUUAUACACCAGCGUCAUCUAGAAAUUAAAGACAGUCGUAUAUUUUUAAUGCCACAAGGGCUAGUUGCGAAAAGGCUGUGGAGUAAAAAAUAUCCUAUCUGUAUAGCAUUAGCACAAGAUAGAAAAUCUGGAAAAUCUAAAACCACUGACUCCCUGAAAAGAGUCACACCUGAUGAUGAUGGGUUUGAAAUGAUCACUGAUGAAAAAUGUUUGAAUAAUAUCUUAUAUUUAUUUGCCAGAACUGGCCAAGAGAAGGAACAGUGGUAUCGCAGAUUUAAAUCUGCUGCAAGUGGACAGCCACUGGGAAAUCACAUAUUAGAUAUUUAUAAAGCAUUAUCGUUUACAAAAAUAAAUCGUAAGAGUUCUGAUAGCUCAUUAAAACACAAGCGUCAAGGUUCAUCAGAUUCUAUUUCAUCUAUUUCUUCUCUGCCAGAACAACCCCCUAGUCCAAUCCAAACUACAGAUACAACUACCGCAAAUGCAUUUGAUCUUCAAGCAUUUGCUCAAUAUAUGGGACGUUUGAUGCCAUCUCGCAUAGACAUUAAGAAAGAUGCAAAUAACAAAGAGUCAGCACCUUCCAGCUCAUCGCCUCGUAGACCCCAACACUUUCAAUAUGAUCCCACAGAUAUUAGGCAAUUAAGUGGUUCCUUAAUAUGUGACCCCCAGUUGAUAUGGCUAAAUUCAUUGAUAGGUCGAAUUUUCUGGGAUUUUUUACGUGAUGUGUGGUGGGCUGAAAAAGUGAGAGAAAAACUGCAAAAGAAACUUAGCAAAAUACAUGUGCCAUAUUUUAUAGAAGAACUGAAAGUUACUCAUAUAGAUCUAGGAGAUGAAAUACCUGUUAUAAGAAGAGCUGGCAUGCCUUAUAUAGAUGAACAAGGUUUCUGGGUAGAUCUAGAUGUUGUCUAUAAUGGAGGAUUUCAGAUGACUAUAGAAACUAAAGUUAACUUAAUGAAGUUACGUAAACCAUCUUCAACAUCUUCUAAAGAGGCAGAUUUAAGUGUACACACAUCACCUGUAACUGAUCCAGAUGAAGAAGAUAGUGCUGAAUCAUCUACUGAUGAUGAUGAGGACAGUCAGGUGCCACCAGGCAGUGAUGGUUCUUCGGGAGGUGCCAGUAGAAAAUUCCUGAAAUAUAUAGAUAAAAUAGCACAAUCCCGUUACUUUCAACAAGCUUAUGAUAAUAAAUAUUUUAAAAAAGCCAUGGAAGGUGUAUCUAAAACACCAUUAGAAUUAACAGUAGAAGUAAAUGCCUUAGUAGGUUGUUUAGCUCUCAAUAUACUACCACCACCUACAGACAGAUUAUGGUAUGGUUUUAGAACUAAUCCAACUCUAUCCUUGUCAGCUAAACCUAAAGUGGGAGAAAGAGAAGUAACUAUUACACAUAUUACAGAAUGGAUUGAGAAAAAACUUAGCACAGAAUUUCAGCGUGUUUUUGUGAUGCCUAAUAUGGAUGAUCUUAUUAUACCAAUUCUGCUAGCUGAUUUUCCAGAUGAGGCAGUACCAACAGUAUCCUCUACAACUGGUUCCAGUGUUUGACACUUGUUGUCAUGAGUAUUACUACCAACGAUAUUUAACCAUUAUGUACUAUAUUUGAUGUGCAAGUCCCUCCCCAGCAGUCUUAAUAUAAUACAAACCCAUAAUUUACCCCAAACUAACUGUGGAUCAUUAUGACUGAAUAUCAACUUGUGAAGUAGGGUUAAUCACUUUGGGGAUCUUUUUGACAAUGAUAUUAAUUUCAUUAGACAAGAGUGUCACAAUUUAUGGGUAAAAACAUUUAAAAUAAAAAGUGUAAUACCUCUUUCAGCCAUAGUGAUGAGCAGAUAGUAGUGAUAAUUUAUUGACUAUGAUUAUACACAGAUGCUUCCCAGUGCUAGACUCUUUUUAUUUAUAUAGCGGUGUAUCAUAACCACAUUAUCUUUUUCUAUUGUGAUUCAUAUUCAUUUCUAUUCUGAUUCAUUCACCCUAUUGCUCUCAUUAUUUCAUCUUUCUACAACAUAUUCAUGCUUUAGUGUAAACUGUCUAUAUUCUUAUCAUGACAUCCUGGCUUAAAACAUUUGUUUUCAAUUACAGUGAAACCCACAUGACAGAAAUCAGUAAAUAUAGGAUACAUUUUUAAGGUCUUAAUAUUUUUUCAGACCUUAUUCAGGUAAUUUUGGAACUCUGGUUAUUGUUAAGAUAUUCUUUUGUUACAAGCUUCAACCGAAAAUGAUAGAACAAUGACCCUUCCCAAUUUGGUAUCAAUCUAUAGAUAUUUGUCCUUCCUCAAUCCGUCUUCAUAUCUGUUUAAAAAAAAUUAACAUUUCCAGUAUCUGCUGUGUUAUAGAUAUUCAUGACUGUUUUUGUCUGAAAGUCAAGGCUGACUUGAUGGAUAGGCUCUUGUCUUAUAGUUAUGUACACAACCGGUUUGGUGCAGAAAAGUAUAACAUUACACCUCAUUCUUUCAUUUCUCCAUUGCUGUGGGCAUGUUUUAUUGCCUGGCAACCUAUCUUUCUCUACAUAUAACAAGGUACUUAUUUUAAAUAAAAUUUACCGUAGUAUAACCAAAAUAUCUACGCUUUUAAACUGUAAUUGUAAAGUUAUUUAUACAAUAAUCAAAGCCAGAUCAUUACAAUCAAAAUAUACAUACAUGUAUACUUUAUAUAUAAUAAUUACAAUGACUCAAUGGCUACUUGCUUUUGUAUUUUGUAUUUCUUUGUCAAUUGACCAUUUUAUAAAAUGUCAUGACAUAGUAAUUUAAGUGGGGUCAGUUUAACUACAUUAUUGUCAAUUUUAUCGACAAGAAAACAUAAAAAUUAAACAGAAAUGUAAUUCUAUAAUAAUAGAGGUAGAAAGUGGCCUUUAAAUAACAUUGACCAUUGACGUGACCCAUGAUCAUUUUCACUGAAGAGUUUGAAAUUGUGAAAUGGUCAAUUUUUAAUAAUGUUAAUAUUAUUACACAGUAAAGUAAUGUAUGAAACUGUAAGACAUGAAUGUUAUGAGGUUUUUAUUUUCCAUUAAAAUUAUUUCUUGUGUUAUUAUUUAAUUCUUCAUGGUCAAUUCAAGUAAAUUAUUGGAAUAAAGAUGCACCAGUACAUUAUGUUAGUCCCAAAAUUACUUUCUUUCUUAACAGCCAUUGCCCUUCAUUUAGAAAUCCUUUUGUGGCUUUAUACAUUGGUAUCAACAGCCUUUACAUUUUUCUCGAUCACUCUGCUUUCACAGUGAAAAGAUAACAUCUCAACUUAUUCUGCUGCCAUGUUUGUAGGUUUGCUUUCCCAUUCUUUAGUAGUAUCCACUCUUUUUGAAGUAAAGAUGUAAUUCAUAACAUUUUAGAUUGUUAGAUCUGAUUGCAUGCCUUGGUGAUUUAAAAUAAUUGCUUUUGAACUGUUAAAGCAAUAUUGUUAUUCAUAAUAUUAUAACAGAUGUCAUUAAAAUGUGUAAUUAAUUGGUAUAAAAUGUUUGGAAAGGCUUGAUCUCUACCAGCUUAAUAUGUCUAAUUUCAUAAUAUCUAAUGAAUUGGGAGACGUUAAAGGUUAUUGUUAAAUGUUUUGUUAAAAGUUAAUUUGAUUUGUUGUUAUUUGCUGUAGAUAUUAAUUUUAUAUACUUUUAAGAUGGUUGUAAGUUUUUGAUAUUUAUAUAUUAUUAGGGUAAAACGUUAAUUUUAUUGUGAUCUAUUUUAUACUUUCAUUUAACAGAUUGCACAAUUAGUAAACUUGUUACUUACUGUGUUCUGUAAAUUCAGCACACAAAUAUUCUUGGUUUACUAGUGCUGUGCCAUUAAAGAGUUAAUUACUGUAUGCCAUAAAUUUUGAUGUAAUUUAUUGUCCUCCACCUUUCGAAGAAAGCAGGGGACUAUUAAAAUGGGUUCCUUCGUCUGUCUGUCUCUCCGUCCCUCUGUCUGUCCUUCUAAUUGAGCUAGAAUGUUCAAACUUGGUGUAGGUGUUUAUUAGGUCAAGGUCUUGAUGGAGUUUGAAGAUGAGCAUUUUCUGCUUUGGGUAAGCAGAGAUAAGCAAUUUGAUUGGUUGAUGCUUUGGGACAAAUUAACUUUAGUUCUAAUUAAGUGAGAGUGAUGAAACUUGGUGUAUAGUUUUAUUACAUCAAUACCUUGACUAAGUUGAUAAUGACCAUUUUCUGCUCAGGGUAAGCACAGCAUUAAGCAAUUUAAUUGGUCAAGACUUUUGAACGUAACAACUCUGCUUUUAAUUGAGGUAGAAUGUUUAAACUUGAUGUAGAUGUUCAUUAGGUGAAUGUCUUGACUUUGAGUUCAAUGAUUAACAUUUCGAGCUAAAGCCAAGCUGAGCUAAACAAUUUCAUUGGUGGAUGCUUUGGUACAAGAUAACUUUGAUUCUAUCUGAUAUAGAGUGAUGAAACUUGGUGGAUUCUAUCUGAUAGAGAGUGAUGAAACUUAGUGUAUAGUUGAUAAUCAGUUUGAUUGCUUCUUGAUACUUUUGAAAAAAAUAAAUGUGCGAUUAAUAUGUGUCAUCUAUUUAUUUUGGGAUUUCGGCGGGGGACAUCAGCCUCACUGUUGGCUUGUUAUAUACAAUACAGGCCUAUUCAAGAUACUGUUAAGAUUGUUUAAAAUUUGAGCAAAUUAUAUGAACAUUUGCAGAUCAACUGAAAAAUUCUAUAGAAUUUGACAAGUCUUCAUCCUCACAAAUGGCAGAUACUCAGUAUAAAAAUGUAUCCUAUGAAAAAGCUACAACAUUGUAAUGUCUUUCCAUUCUUUUCGAGGGUAAAUACUUCAUACAGUAUACCACUUGACAGUUUAUGUUUUACUUAAGAAUCAGUCGCUUGUUGACAAGCCUCAAGAUGUGAAGUUCAAAAUUGUGUCAAUGUUUUUCAUUUGAAAUGUUAAAUGAACUCAAAUAUGUAUUUUAUGCAUGGGUUACAUAAUUUGAGUUAUUCCUCAGUAUUUUAUAUAUAAAAUAUUGCUGUUAGAUAAAGAACUUAUGUAUUUUAUUAAUAGAAAUUAUUAUAUAUUGUUGUUUUUCUGCAAUCUGAUUGAAAUACAGAUCUAAAUUUUAUACUUUUGAUUUAAUGGGAAAACUUUGACUGAAUGUCGUAAACUAUCUAUAUUUAACUUUUGUUUUGUUCUCUACUGCUCCGUAGAUGUUUUCCAUAAUUCAGUCCACACCUUACCUAAAGCUUGACUAAACAGACCAUUUCAUUGGCUAAUCUGUUGUGUCAAAAGGAUCCUACUGCCAUGAAGACAUAUAAAACUAUAUUUGAACUAAAAUGAAAUAGCUUCUGUGUUUUGAUCAAAUUGCUUUUUCUGUAGAGAAACCAAGUGUAGUAAAGUACACUGUAGCCUAUUUAUUUAAAGAUGCAUUAUGUAAGAGCUAAAUCUGCCUAUUGCAAGUUCUAUUUUUAUUAAAAUGAGACCGUUUGUCGAUCCGUCCAUCCGUCACACUUUUUGGGACACAAUAGAAUGUUCAAACUUGGUGUAGGGGUUUAUUAGGUCAAUGCCUUGAUGGAGUUCGAAGAUGAGCAUUUUCUGCUUAGGGUAAGCAGAGAUAAGCAAUUUGAUUGGUUGAUGCUUUGGGACACGAUAACUUUAGUUCUAAUUAAGUGAGAGUAAUGAAACUUGGUGUAUAGUUUCAUUACAUCAAUACCUUGACUAAGUUCGAUAAUGAGCAUUUUCUGCUCAGGUUAAGCAGAGCGAUUAGCAAUUUGAUUGGCUGAGACUUUGGAACACAUAACUCACCUUCUAAUUGAGCUAGAAUGUUUAAACUUGGUGUAGGUGUGUAUUAGGUCAGUGCCUCGAUGGAGUUCGACGAUGAGCAUUUUCUGCUUAGGGUAAGCAGAGAUAAGCAAUUUGAUUGGUUGAUGCUUUGGGACAAGAUAACUUAGUUCUAUUUAAGUGAGAGUGAUGAAACCUGGUGUAUAGUUUUAUUACAUCAAUACCGUGACUAAAUUCGACAAUGAGCAUUCUCUACUCAGGGUAAGCAGAGCGAUAAGCAAUUUCAUUGGCCAAGACUUUGGAACACAAUAACUCUCUUUCUAAUUGAGCUAGAAUGUUCAAACUUGGUGUAGUUGUUUAUUGGGUCAAUGUCUUGAUGGAGUUCAAAGAUGAGCAUUUUCUGCUUUGGGUAAGCAGAGAUAAGCCAUUACAUCAAUACCUUGACUAAGUUUGAUAAUGAGCAUUUUCUGCUCAGGGUAAGCAGAGUGAUGAUAAGCAAUUUGAUUGGUCGAUACUUUGGAACACAAUAACUCUCAUUCUAAUUAAGUUAGAAUGUUCUUUUGUUGUAGGUGUCCAUUAGGUGAAUGUCUUGAUGGAGUUUGAAGAUGAGAAUUUUCUGCUUAGGGUAAGCAGAGAUAAGCAGUUUGAUGCUUUGGGACACCAUAACUUUAGUUUUAAUUAAGUGAGAGUGAGGACACUUGGUAUAUAGCUUUAUUAUAUCAAUACCUUGACUAAGUUUGAUAAUGAACAUUUUUUGCUGAGGGUAAGCAGAGUGAUAAGCAAUUUGAUUGGUCAAGACUUUGGAACACAAUAACUCUCCUUCUAAUUGAGGUAGAAUGUUCAAACUUGGCGUAGGUGUCUAUUAGGUGAAUGUUUAAACUUGAUGUAGAUGUUCAUUAGGUGAAUGUCUUAACUGAGUUCAAUGAUUAACAAUUCCAGCUGAAGCUAAGCAGAGCUAAUCGAUUUCAUUUGUCGAUGGUUUGGGACAAGAUAAUCUUGAUUCUAUCUGAUAGAGAGUGAUGAAACUUAGUGAAAAAAAUAAAUGUGCGAUUAAUUAGUAUGUGUCAUCUAUUUGUUUUGCCAUUUCGGCGGGGUAUAAACUUAAAGUAAAUCAGAUAUUAAUUUAGCCUCUAGAGCUUCUACAAGAUUUUUCAAAGAGGUCAAGUGCCAUAACUCUGAGGAUUCAUCGUCUCGUAACACUAAAUGAUGUGUAUAAAAUUAAAUUUGAACUGAUUUCAACUUUAGCCUCUAGAGUGUCUGCAAGGGCCAUAACUAGGGCGGUAAUAAUUGGAAAUUUUUGAAAAUGACUAGGAUCCUUUCGUCUAAUGAUCUUUAAUAGUGUGUAUAAAUUUAAAGUCAAUCAGAUAUUAACUUUAGCCUCUAGAGCAUCCACAAGAUUUUUCAACAUAAUCAAGGGCCAUAACUCCGGCAGUAAUUAUCAGAAAUCACUGAAAAUCAAUAGGCUUAUUUGUCUCAUGAUCUUAAACACUGUGUAUUAAUUAAAUUCAAGUGGAUAUUAACUUUAGCCUCUAAAAGUUAGUUUGUUGGUUCGGCGCCCACAAUUGUUUGUGGACACCUGACAGGCGACGACAAUAUACGAACUAAUUUCCAUAUGGGCAUAUAGAAAUGGAUAAUCAAGACUGUUUAAUUAUUGUGAUUAUAGCAAGAACGGCCAGCUCUUGAUCAAAAUCUUACAUAGUGCAUCGGUUCUUUAAGAAUAUUUUAGUAGAGUUGUUCAUGUAGCGUGUUUAUAUUGUUGUCAUAUGUCUGUUCAUCACAAAUACUCCAGUUGUGUUUCGAUCGUUGUGAAAUUGUUAUAUAUUCAUUCAAAUUAAAAUGGUGAGGUCAAGAAUCAGGAAGCAUUUUGGUUUUCAUCCUUAUUUGAGACAAUAUAUGGAUUUCGUAACCUUGUGUAUACUUUCAUUACAUCAAUACCUUGAAAGUUUGAUAAUGAACAUUUUCUGCUUAGGUCAAGCUGAGUGUUAAACAAUUUGAUUGCUUGAUGCUUUAUGAAAAGAUAAAUGUGCAAGUAAUUAAUUGUCUAUUUAUUUUUGGUCUCACUGUUGGCUUGUUAGAAUAGCUAUAACGAAAGGGUUAAUAUUUAUAAUUAUUAUUUUAGAGUUAUUGCAAUUGCUUUACAAAAAUAAACCAGUGAUUAUGUAAAAUUGCCAUGCUGGUUAGGGUUGAUUAGUUGUCUGUUUGAUAACCUAAUUUAUUAUCCAUUAAGUAUGAGCUUUUUUUUCCCUUCGAUUUAAACAAGGGUUGCUAAACUAAUAUCUAGUCUGUGUAUCAGUAUUUACUAGUUUGUUCAAUAAAUAUCAAAUACUUAUAGUAUACCAUGGUUGGCUUAGUUUAAUUAUUACAUAUUAUGUUGAUUAUAAUAGAAAGAUUGUUAUCUAUUCAUUAAGUAUUAUUAAGAAUAUAUUUAAAUGGAUAGUUUGUGUGAUUUCAAAUAACCUUGCUCUGGAACAUUUUUUCUGUUUUGUAUCUUCAAUGUCUUCCAUAUAUAUCAGGCAAAUUGUUGCAAUUGUUUUAUUAGGAGAUAAUUAACUAUUAGUUGUUAAUAAAUGCCAGUGUUCUUGCUAACAGAUUUUACUAGUGUCUGAUAUGGUUCCUUCAAUGAGAGUUCAUGUAAGUUUGAAAUAGGCAAUAUACAUGUUACAGAAUAUAGAAGUAAACUACUCUGUGACUUCAUGAUUUUAUUCAAAAGUUUGACAGUAUGUUUAAAUUUUGGUCUUUGUUAUAAGCCCACAUUGAAAUGUGAUUAUAUAUUGUCGUUGCCCCUGUCCGUCCAUACAUCGGUCCUGUGUGGACGCUCAAGAGGCUAAAGUUAAUAUCCAAUAACUUUAAAUUUAUACACAGUGUUUAAGGUCAUAAGAAGAAGAAGCUUAUUGAUUUUCAACGAUUUCCGAUAAUUACUGCCAGAGUUAUGGCCUUUGAUCACUCUAAAAAAUCUUGUGAAUUCUCUGGAGACGAAAGUUAAUAUCCGAUUGACUUCAAAUUUAUACACAAUGUUUGAGGUAAUAAGACAAAGAAGCCUAUUGAUUUUCAAUUAUUUCCAAUAAUUACUGCCAAAGUAUAGGCCUGUGAUCACUUUGAAAUAUCUUGUGGACACUGUAGAGGCUAAAGUUAAUAUCCGAUGAUUUUAAUUUAUAUAAUUAAGGUCAUGAGACGAAGAAGCUUAUCAGUUUUCAAUGAUUUUCGAUGAUUAUGGCAAUUGAUAUUAAAUGUUUUGUACGCUAAAUGUUAGAAUGUGGUAGAACUAGAUUUUAGCGUGUUUUCACUUCCAACAAAAGAAAAAAAUAUGAGACAACCCUUGUUGACUCCCCAGAUGACUACCCAGAUGACUUAGCUGCUGUGGACGUAUGUUUCAUUGCCUGGCAACCUAUCGUUUUGCAAUAUUAAAGGCAAUCUAAUAUUUAAGAUAUGUCUGUUGUAUGCCUUGUGAAGGCUAUCCAUUGACUACUUAAAUCUGUUUUUAUUGUUAUGUAUCAAAAGUAAGUAGAAUUAGAAGUGUGUAUUAUUUGCAAUAUAUAGAAAUUGUCUAUAUUAUAUUAUUGAAUCGUUAAAAAUUAUCUAGGAGCACUGAACAUUCAGUCAGUUUGUGUAUCAAAUAUUGCAGUCACACAAAUGUACCAUUUUGAUGAUCUUUUUCUGGUAGCUAAGCAAUUUGAUUUGUGUAUGCAUUUCAUUUUAUUUCAAUCAUGUGAUGAAACUUGGUGUAUAGUUUCAUUUCAUCAAUACCUUGACUAUUGAUUAGGGGUGCACUAGAUUAUGAAUACAGACAUGUAGUUGAUAGCUUGACUGUCUGGUCAUACCAUCCAGAUAAAUUAUCUUUUGGAAAAUUAAUGCUUAAUGUCGGAUCAGAAGAAUCUCAAGUUUAGGUCUUUUAACCAAUAAAUAAGUUUUUCCUUUUAUAUAACUUAAUCAUCCAGCUUUUAAUACAAAAUAUUUUACAAAGUUGUUAGGGUUUUUUUUUUUAAGUGAUAUGUUAAAUUAUUAUUGUAAAGAAAACACAAGACAGCCCUACAGAUAUAUUGUUAGUUCUUUGGGAUGCACUGUCAAAGUAAAUGUGUUUAUGAUUUGUUACUAGCUAUAAUUUAAAGUGUGUUCAGUUCAGAAUUACAUGAUAUACAAUUUUUGUAAUAACUUACCAAAUUUUUCUUAUAUUGUGGUAAAAUACAUUAUAUGCAACCUAGCCAUAACCAUUUUUAUACGUCCACAUUCAUAAUGUGAACGUAUUAUGCCGUCGCCCCUGUCUGUGUGUGUGUGUGUGUGUAUGUAUGUAUGUGUGUGUGUGUGUGUGUGUGUGUGUGUGUGUGUGUCUGUGGUUCGCCUACAGGGCGCAAUUCUUCAUGGAUUUUCUUCAAACUUGGUAUACUUAUUCCUUAUACCCCAAGGAAGAUCCCUAUUGUUUUUGGUGCAUGCCCGACCCCCCGGGGCAGAGCCACGCCCAUUUCUAGUAUUUGUUUGUUUGUCGUCUACAGGCCACAUUUCUUAACUAAUAAUCUUGAAACUUUGCAUACACAUUCUUUGUACCCUAAGGAACAUCCCUAUCGUUUGGGGUGCAUGCCCAACCCCCAGGGGCAGAGCCACGCCCAUUUUCUUUUCGUGUGUCUUUGUGUCGCCUACAGGGCGCAAUUCUUACUGGAUUUUCUUCAAACUUGGUAUACUUAUUCCUUAUACCCCAAGGAAGAUCCCUAUUGUUUUUGGUGCAUGCCCGACCCCCAGGGGCAGAGCCACGCCCAUUUCUAGUAUUUGUUUGUUUGUCGUCUACAGGCCACAUUUCUUAACUUAUAAUCUUGCAUACACAUUCUUUGUACCCUAAGGAACAUCCCUAUCGUUUGGGGUACAUGCCCAACCCCCAGGGGCAGAGCCACGGGCAGAGCCACGCCCAUUUUCUUUUCGUGUGUCUUUGUGUCGCCUACAGGGCGCAAUUCUUACUGGAUUUUCUUCAAACUUGGUAUACUUAUUCCUUAUACCCCAAGGAAGAUCCCUAUUGUUUUUGGUGCAUGCCCGACCCCCAGGGGCAGAGCCACGCCCAUUUCUUGUAUUUGUUUGUUUGUCGUCUACAGGCCGCAUUUCUUAACGCAUCAUAUUGAAACUUUGCAUACUUUUUCUUUGUACCCUAAGGAACACCCCUAUCGUUUGGGGUGCAUGCCCAACCCCCAGGGGCAGAGCCACGCCCAUUUUCUCUUUGUGUGUCUGUGUGUCGCCUACAGGCCACAAUUCUUAAUCGACCGUCUUGAAAAAAUUUCAUAUGAAUUCCUUAUACCCUAAGGAUGAUCCCUAUUGUUCUUGGUGCAUGUCCGACCCCCAGUGGCAGAGCCACGCCCAUUUCUUAUAUUCAUUGUUUGUUAUCUACAGACCGCAUUUCGUAACGUAUCACCUUGAAACUUUGCAUGCUUACUCCUUCUAUCCUAAGGAACAUCCCUAUUGUUUGUGGUGAAUGCCCAGCCCCCAGGGACAGAGCCACACCCAUUUUCUUUUUGUGUGUCUGUAUGUCACCUACAGCCUGCAAUGCUUAAUCGAUCAUCUUGAAAACUUUUUUAUACUUAUACAUUAUACCCCAAGGCUGACCUCUAUUUUUUUGGUGAUUGCCCAACCCCCAGGGGCAGAGCCACACCCAUUUUUUCUUUGUGUCUCUGUGAGUUGCCUACAGGCCACGAUUCCUAAUGGAUUGUCUUUGAACUUGGGAUAUGUUUUCCUUAUAGCCUAAGGACGACAACUGCAUGUCACGACCCCCAGGGGCAGUCAUGCCCAAUUUUUAUGUAUAUCGUUUACAGGCCCGAAUUCUGGAUGGAUCAACUUGGUAUUUGGCAUAUGUAUUCCUUAUAGCCUAAGGGCAUCAACUAUUGAUUUUGGUGAAUGCCCCAACGCCCAGGGGCAGAGCAACGCCCAAUUUUUGCCUUUAACGCCCAAAGGCCACAAUUCUGAAUGGAUUAUUUUGGAACUUGGUGUACUUAUUCCUUAUACCCUAAGGACGGCAACUAGUGAUGUUGCCAUUUCAAUAACAGGAUGGUACCUGUUUAUAUUGUUUCCAUAUCCAACCCCCAUGGGCAGAGCCACGCCCAGUUUUUGUAUUUAUCGUCUACAGGCUGCAAUUCUGAAUCAUCUUGGAACUUUGCAUAUUUAUUCCUUAUACCAUAAAGACAGCAACAAUUUAUUUUGAUACUUGCCCGGACCUCUUGGGGCAGUGUCACACCCACUUUACUGUUAGUAUUUUGUCUGUAAAUUUGGCAAAACAAACCCGACGCCUAGCCUUCUUUGCCUCUGAUCAUAUUACAGCCAUUUCAUAUUUCAUUUUCUUCAUUUUAAAAAGUACCAUAUCAAUCAAAGCUGGAAUGUGGACGUAUAUUGCAGCGUUAGCGAUGCUCUUGUUCAAAUUGUGUUCAUAUUAUUGAUAAAUCAAAUCAUGCUUGUUUCUAUGCUUCCUCAUAUUUUACAUGUAAUUAACCACUAGUCUCUGAAUCUUCCCCUAAAUCACUGGUAAAAUUCAUUGGAAAAAGUCUGUGCUUAAUAAUUGUUUCACAAUAAGCCUAUAAUAUUUGUAAACUGAAUUUUGUUUUAUUUACCACAUGAUUUGUAGCUGUGUGAAAUGACUGAUGCAUUGUAAUGCUGUGUAUUGAAAUAAAAUCAUAUAAUAAUCA